AUGCACAUCUACUGCUCGCCACCAAGUUUCGGGCGCGGGAGCGCCCAGGUAAAAACUAUACAUAGAAGCGAUCGGGGUGGCGACACCAUAAGCCCCUGGAAUAUAAGCCCUAGCCGCAAGGGGUCGGGUACCACUCAGCGUGUAUGCAACAGCAUCGAGUGUACAGGUGUAUCUCGAGUGUACCUAAAGGAAACCAGUACGGUCGCCCCUGGAUCAGCUAUUCAGGAGCGCUCAACUAGGGUACUGAGCUGCGAUUAUAGGAGCAGUGAUGCGACUGUUCAUGAACGUUGGAUUGGUAAUGUGAUUACUAUAGAUAGUCAAUCACGAGAUGGAACUAAGACUAUGACAUGGGUCAUACAGAUGUAUAUAAGAUAG